UGAAUGGUGGCCACCCCCAUUGUCUCCCCGGCAAACUAGUCUGGUGCCAAUGUAUCCUCUUGCACCAGUCCUAUCAUCAUCACUUAGCCGUUUCCAGGUUUCAAUCAACAAUGUAGAUUGAGUGUAGGUCCCUUUUCCUUCUAUCAUUUCGGACCGUCGAUCAUGUCCACUCCGGGACUUGGAAGAGAGCUUUGUAUUUUGCUCAUCUUUUUUUUAGGCGAUUACCACUUUAUCCUGUCCAGUCAUGAUUGAACCAUCUUUAAAAGGUGAUUUACAAUUGGGCUUUUCUUCCAUAUACUAUGCUACUACUUUCCAAUCACUGGAAAUCAGAAAAUAAGGUCGAAUUAACAGUCAAGUUUGACCCUUGAGCAGCACUUUGAGCUUAUAACAAUUGGUCUUUUUGUACAACUGUUGAAGUAUACACAGAAGCAGCAUAUUUUAAUGGAGUGUUCAUUAGGAUAUGUUGCAGCAGUCAAAGAAAGGUAAGUUAAUUGUAGAAGGUGUGGGGAAAAAGUCAUGAAAGGAAGAGUUAUAAAGAAAUUGAAAUCCAUCCCAACCAUCAGCUCCCUUAGCUUGGUGUUUCGAACUCCCAGUUUCUCAGAGCGAUACUUCCAAACUCCAUUGCCAUCAUCUUCAAAAGAAUCCGGGCAAGAUAGCCAAUCAGAGCAAGAGGGUUACUGUAACAGCUCCACUGAGGCCAUUAUUAUUAAGGAUGGUGAAGAGCAAGAUUUACAGGGUCCUGGGCCAUGUUAUCAGAAUGUCAAAGAAGAUGCUAGAUCAAAGAAAACUGAGUCCCCUGCUGAAAAUUCUCUGGUGGAAGCUGGUGAAUCAGCUGAUGAUCUGCAGGAAGUGAACAUCAAAAAUGAAAAGGGCUGCCCUGAAGAAGAAUCAAAUGUUCAAUUGUUGCAAGAAUUUGAAGAAAAAUGUCCUCCCGGAGGAAAUGAAUCCGUUGUUUUCUACACGACAAGCAUGAGGGGAAUCAGGAAAACGUUCGAAGAUUGCAAUGCAGUAAGGUUUCUGUUGGAAAGCUUUCGAAUUGAGUACAAGGAAAGAGAUGUUUCCUUGCAUUUGGAGUACAGAGAUGAGCUAUGGAAGGUUAUGGGAAACAGGGCAGUUCCUCCAAAGCUAUUCAUCAGGGGAAGAUACAUUGGAGGAGCUGAUGAAGUAGUUGGAUUGCAUGAAAGGGGAAUGUUGAAGAAGCUUCUUCAUGGGAUUCCUCGGACUCCAAACAAUACAGCUUCUUGCAAAGGUUGUGCCGGAGUUCGAUUUGUUCUGUGUUUCACCUGCAAUGGAAGCCGGAAGAUUGUCAUCAACCGUGAUGAUGAUGAUGAAGUGGUGUCUAGAUGCCCGGAUUGCAAUGAGAAUGGAUUAGUCAAGUGCCCCAUUUGCAACUUGAUCGACAAAUGAAUUUAACCUUUUAUAUGUUCUUUAGGAAUGUUUGAUCUUGAUCCUGUGUAUAUAAUUAAGAGCUUCAGUUAAUUUCAUGUCCUAUCGUCCUGAUCAAAAUCUCAUAUCCAAUUUCCAGUACCUGCAUAUUUACUUAUCGUUGCUUUUCAACUCUUUGCGAAAGCAUUAAUAUUCUGGAGAACGCUUUCGAUUUCGUUUUAGUUGUAUGGAAGUUAUAUAUGUUCAAUUGUUAGUAUAAAUGAAUUUGUAUGGACUAUGGAGUUUGCAUUCAGGAAAC